CACUCUUUCACUCACUCACCCGCGCUCUCUUGUUGCACUUCUGCCACCGAUCUCUGAUGGUUGGUUGGGCCUGAGUCAGUCAGCCCGCGAGAGAGCGAGAGAGAGAGACACGACAGACAGAACAGACGGAGGCAGAGGAACAAAGCCGAGACAACAAUGGGAAAUACACCGUCUCAAGGCAUGUCAAUGUUCAUCCAUUCUUAAGUAGCAGGCGUCGGGCGAAUUGCAGGAGGGAAGAAACCUGGACUCUGUUCCCUUUGUUUAAAGUCACCAGAUCCCGAGAGGACUAGCGCCCACAUGAUCUCAGCAGAUGAUGCAGAAUAUCCAAGGGAAUACCGGACCCUGGGCAAUGGCACACGCCGCUUUUCCAACGUAGGGCUGGUGCACACUUCAGAACGCCGGCACACUGUUAUUGCUGCCCAGAGCCUGGAAGCCCUCACGGGGCUCCAGAAAUCUGAGAUGGAACGGAAGCGGGAUGCCUUCAUGGACCACUUGAAAAGCAAGUACCCCCAGCAUGCCUUGGCGAUCCGAGGACAGCAAGAAAGGAUCCGGGAUCAGCAACCCAACUACUGGAGCUUUAAGACUCGAAGUUCCCGGCACACGCAGGGUUCACAACCGGGCCUGGCCGACCAAGCUAAACUUUCCUUUGCUUCAGCUGAGUCUCUGGAAACCAUGUCUGAAGCCGAGCUGCCCAUGGGGUUCAACAGGAUGAACCGUUUCCGGCAAAGUUUGCCUCUGUCUCGUUCCACCAGCCAAACAAAACUUCGAUCACCUGGCAUCCUUUUUCUACAGUUUGGGGAUGAAACGAGGCGAGUACACAUUACCCAUGAAAUUAGCAGCAUGGAUACUCUGCAUGCUCUCAUCGUCCACAUGUUUCCUCAGAAACUGACAAUGGGCAUGCUUAAGUCCCCCAACACUGCCAUCUUGAUCAAGGAUGAAUCUCGCAAUGUCUUCUAUGAGCUGGAGGAUGUCAGGGAUAUCCAGGACAGAAGCAUUAUCAAAAUCUAUCGGAAAGAGCCCCUCUAUGCCUCCUUUCCUGGAUCUCACAUCACCAAUGGAGACUUGCGGAGGGAGAUGGUCUACACGUCCAGAGAAUCCUCUCCCACACGACGCCUGAACAGCAUGUCCCCUGCCUCCCACCUCACUUCUAGUUCCCCUCCACCGGUGCUCCAGUCAUCUUCACCAUCCCGGUCCCGUAUGUCCUACAGCGGUGGGCGCCCUCCUUCCUAUGCUGGCAGCCCUGUGCAUCAUGGUGAACGCCUUUCUAACCUGCCACCAGCUCAGGGUGUUUCACCAAGCCCAAGUGCUAUCUUAGAACGUCGGGAUGUCAAGCCAGAUGAAGAUUUGGCUGGGAAGAACAUGGUGCUGGUGAAGAAUGAGGGCCUUUAUGCUGACCCUUACAGUAUGGUUCAUGAAGGACGUUUAAGCAUUACAUCCACUCAGUCAUUGGCUGGGAUGGGGGACCCGUUUGCCUACCCUGGGGGGCUGUAUAAGCGUGGUUCUGUACGCUCUCUCAGCACCUAUUCAGCUGCUGCCUUGCAGUCAGAACUGGAAGACAGCUUAUAUAAGCCCAGUGCACAGAUCUAUAGUGAUACCUAUGGUCCUGGAAUGGGUUUUCGCUUGCCCCCAUCAUCUCCCCAGAAAAUUGCUGAUGGCCGGCUGGUGGAUGUUCAACAGAGCCAAAGUCCCCACAGCCCUUACUCAGGGCCUCCAAGCCGGUCCUCCCCAGUACGUCAGUCUUUCCGCAAAGACUCUUGCUCCUCAGUCUUCAUGGAAAGUCCUGUCAACAAGCCACGGAAUACAAGCUCUUCAGGACCUCCAGAGCUCUUCCCUGGACCUGGGGAGCGUCCUCUGUCUGGGUUCAGCUCACCUGUGCCUGCCAAGGAUACAGAAACAAGGGAACGCAUGGAAGCCAUGGAGAAGCAGAUUGCGAGCCUCACAGGAUUGGUGCAGAGUGCAUUGAUGCGAAGCUCUGAUGCAGAAAACCCUAGUGAGAAGACAGAAGUAAGCAAUGGAGGGACACCAACAUCAGCACCUCCCAGCAGAAGCAACAUGGGAACUCCAGUCCCUGGCCCUCCACCCCAAUCUGCUACUGGCACGCCAGCUGGGCAGCCCACUGCUAUCACUCGUCUACACAUGCAGCUGCAUCUCCAUGACUUGCAGCAGAAUGCCAGUGACCUCCGCAAUCAGUUGCAACAGCUGAAGAAAUUGCAACUUCAGAACCAGGAGACAGUGAAGACGAUGCUGCGGCGGACAGAGACGGAGAUCAGCGUACGGGUGACAGACACAAUGCGCAAGCAGGAGGAUCCCUUGCAGCGGCAGCGCACCCUGGUGGAGGAGGAGCGCCUUCGCUACCUCAACGAGGAGGAGCUCAUCACCCAACAGCUCAAUGACCUGGAGAAAUCGGUGGAAAGGAUCCAGAAAGAUAUGACCCACAACCAUCGACUCAUCUCCACACAAGAGCUAGAGGAGAAAUCACUUGUGCUUAAGCAGUUGGGAGACACAUUGACAGAGCUGAAGGCUAAUUUUCCCAGCCUGCAGAGCAAAAUGCGUGUGGUCCUCCGUGUGGAGGUGGAGGCGGUGAAGUUCCUCAAGGAAGAGCCUCACCGACUGGACGGCUUAUUCAAGCGAUGCAAGGCAGUGACCGACACCCUGGCGCAAGUUCGCAAGCAAGUAGAGGAAGGUGUCUGGGACUCAUCCAGCAACCUUCUUAGCCAGUCUCCCAAGAAGGUGGAGCCAGAAAGUGACUUUAGCAGAAGCUUGGAUUUUGAACUACCUACCAGUCCCCCCAUGAACCUCCACGACCUAUCCACUUCUACAGACAGCUUAAGCACAUCCAGCUUUGGGCAAAGUCAAGGGCAGAGCCAUGUGUGCAAGAGCAGCAACCCGUCCCGAGGUUCAGAGAUGGUUGCCGUCAAGACCCAGACAGGCUCUGAUAUACCCAGCAAGAGGAGUGUGGACAGAUCAGUGUCUGUGGAGGCUGCUGAACGAGACUGGGAAGAGAAGCGAGCAGCCUUGACCCAAUACAGUGCUAAAGACAUUAACCGCCUCCUGGAAGAAACCCAAGCGGAGCUGAUGAAAGCUAUCCCUGACUUGGAGUUUGCCGCCAAGCACAAGCAGCCCUCCAGCAGCGGUGGCAGUGGGAGUGCCGCAUCCACCCCAGAGCACAAGCCCACCAAACCCCAGCAUGCUCAGAAGACCACAACCAAAAUGGACCCCAAUGGCCGGCGGGGAUCUGAAGAGCUGACAGUGCCCAGGUAUAGGACUGAGAAGCCCUCCAAGUCUCCCCCUCCACCUCCACCUCGGCGGAGCUUUCCAUCAUCCCACGGACUCACAACCACCCGCACAGGCGAGGUGAUAGUCACCAGCAAAAAGGAAUCCAGUUUCAUGAAGAAAGCUGAAUCCGAAGAGCUGGAGACCCAGAAGCCGCAGGUGAAACUGAGGAGGACUGUGUCAGAAGUUGCCCGGCCUGCCUCUACACCCCCCAUCAUUGCUUCUGCCAUCAAAGAUGAUGAUGAUGAAGACAGGAUUAUUGCUGAACUUGAGGUAUUUCAGAGAAGCUCAUCAUUUAUUCCUAAGUUCCGUUGUGAGCAGCUUGCACCAGCCUCAGACAUUUGGCCCAAUGGGGCCACUGUACCAACCGAAGGAUGGAAGGCUGCUAUUACUGCUGGCCGUCAUAUAGCUGGGGCAAACUGCAGCCUCCCACGGGCCCAGACACUGCGAUCCCAGGGUUCAGCAUUCUCAAAACUUCCAUCUGAUAAUAAUUCCCACCUUCCUCAUGUUCUCCUUUCUGAAUGGGUGUCCAACUUGCCAUUUCCUGAAUAUCAGCCAGAUGAAUGCUUGAAGGUAUGCAGUCCUUGGACCCCUGACCACCAGGCCAUUGAUGGACAUUUGGGGUUUAUUAGGUGGACUAUGGUGGAAAAGAAAGAGCUCCCAAAUGUCUUAUUGGGAAAGCUAAGCAAGAAUGAAAAGCAACUGAAAUCUUUGGUUCGUACAUCAUGUGGUCGGUCUAGUAAGGCCUUAACGUACAGUCAUUCUCUGCCAGCAAAACUGAGGAUUCGGAAAUUUCUGCCAGAGCUGGAAACAUCGCUUUCGCAUAAUAUUGAUCAAGAGAUAGAGGGAAGUACACGGAUACUUCAGACAUCUAAAACUCCACUAGAAGGUAACGUUCUUCCACUAGCAGGAGAAGACAUCACAUUUAUGCAUGUUGGGAAUGAGCAAGCAAGUAAUCUGCAGACAUGUGCCAAACAAGCUGAGAUCCACAAGUCAGAUAACCAAGCAGCUGCCAUCUCAUCAAAGGUCAUACUUGAUUAUAAGACAUCAUCUUCAACUACUGAGGGAAAUGAAGCAUUUGUGAGUUUGGAUAACAAAAAUGGCACCGAAGAACCAAAACAUAAAGAAGCCAAUCGUAGCCUAGAAGAGAUGGCUAUCACUUUGAAGGACUCUGACAUUGUUUGCACAAAGAUGCGGAGAGGUGACCUAACAGGUGUUUCAGAGUUGUGCUUUGCCCUGCAAAAUUCAAAGUCUCUGAUGAACAAACAAGCUGUUACAUGUGACACAGCAUCUAGGCAGCAGACAGCGCUAGAUGUUAUUGGUGCUAUCACGGGAGAGAAUGAAAUAAAGAGAGAAGUGGUAAUUACUCUUGCAGAGAAACAAAAGGAGCAUGCUUCUCUUGAUGCAGUGACCUUAAGAAGCCAAGGGAUCUGCAGGGACACUUUCCAAAGACUGGAGAGCCUAGAAGAGACCAUCAGAGACCUAGAAAUUGCUAUCAGUAAAAUUAGCUGCAAGACAUCUACUGACCUGGUAUUUCCUCAGAAUCCUCUCGGACAGCUGGGAUCGAAAGAGGCUGAACAUGGAAAAAGAAAGGUGGAGGCGGAGGCAGAUAUGCCCAGACACAACAUUUCGGGUUUCAGGGAUUUGAAGUUAGAUUGCCAGGAUUUAAGACAAUGUGAUGCAAACAAUAACAGACCAAGCUCCAAACCUCCUUUGCUGCCCAAACCACGAUUCCUGUUGAACAGCGAUCCACAGAGUGGUGGUGGUGUCUCAAUCCCAGCCAUGAAGAUGGUCAACCCAGCAUCGCGGCUGAAGCAAACCCAGCAGGGCAGCCCAGACAAAAGCAAACACAUAAAGCAACGCAUGGAAUACAUGCGCAUCCAGGGACAACAACAGGCCACUAGAACAACCAAGGAUCCUAGCACGAUGAAUGAGACUUCAAGCCCAGUCUCAGAAAAACCUACUUCGGGCAGGACCUCCAUCCCAGUACUGACUUCCUUUGGGUCACGGAACUCCUCCAUUUCAUUCUAAAAGCUCCUUUGCCAAUUUCUCAUUCAGUUGUUUUCCUACCUACUGCUACUGGGGAAACUGGGGAAGGCUUGCGUCUCACUUGUUCUGAUUUCUUCUGCCCCAUAUCACAACUGAGCCACCUAGGAAGGUCCUUCCCCUUAGAUAUUUUCAAGAUCCUCCAAAGCAGCCAACCUGCAGUCUCACUUUCUCCUCCAAAAUGACUAAUUUAUUGACUUGUUUCCUGUUCCUCAAAAGGGUCACUUUCUAUAUUACAGUGCACUCCAGAAUGGCCAAUUGACCAUCUCACACCCUUCUCCAACUGACCACCCUAUUCUUUUCUUUUCCUUUCUACAAUAUGGCUGACCUGGUGUUUUCUGUUUCUUCUCAGAACUCACUCUCCUCUCCCUUCCCCUCACUCCUCACUAGUUCCUGCCUCACUUUUCUACUCUGGCAGUUUAUGUUGUUAAUAACAUUAAGGAUUUUUGCCAGUUCUAUAGCCUCAGAGUAAAAAUAUUGCUGGUCAGUGGUAGUCUCUGCUACGCCUAUAAGGGCAGAGAAUGGAGUCACUGUAGAAACAUUUAGUGGGAGGGGGGCCCCACUUCUGAAGAUGCCUCAGAAACUUGUGGACAUUUGCUGCUAUUCACCUUUCCUUGCGUUUGAAAGAAAAAAUACUUGUAAUUAAUUGGUUAACAUGGAUCUUUGUGUAUGCUGAGUCAUUUGGUGGUGUUUUGACUUUGGGGCAUGUGCGUGCUUCCAUUUUGUGGGUUUCUGUUGUUUACUUGCUGUAUUAAAGACUGUUUUUGGAGUGGGGGGGUAUGCGUGUGUAUGCGUAUAUUACAAGUUGAUAUAUCUGUUUUUUUCUCUUCCAAGUCAUUGGAUUAAAUUUGGAAGAAGAGCAAAGACUUGAAAAAAAGCACUGAAUUUUCAGCCUGUAAUAAUGCCCCCCUCACCCCAUCUUCUCAACCAUGCAGAAGCAACCAACUAUUAAAAUAAAAUUUUAAAAAUGGGGAGGAGACUGUUACAAGAAGGGACACAGCCAAAGUAGGUAGCAGAAAGUUUGUCUGAGAGAUGUUCAGAACAGGGUCCACAGAAAGAAAGUCAUGCUUCCUAUGAAACUAAUCCACAAUGUAGCACUUUAAAUGUCUGUUCAAUUGCCAUUUCUGUGAGAGGGGAAGGAGCCCUCAAAACGUGUGGAAUACCAAAUAGGAGGCAAAAGUCAGGGAGAAGAGGGUGUCAGGGUAUCAAAGAAGCUGGUAAUUAAAAGAAAGGAGAGUUUGAGGAGAAUUUUCAGAGGAAUGAAGGGGAGGAAACAGUGUUCUGCCAUUUCUAAGUGUGUGUUUUUAAGGGGUGGGAAUAGAGCAGAGCAUAUAAAAGUUACUGUUUGGUAGCUUUCUGGUAGACAGUUGUCAUGCUAAUGAGAAAAUGCUCAGAGAUUAAGCCCAAGAAAAUAACUUUUACAAGCUCUGGCAUGGAGAUGGUCCCCAUCAUGAACAGGCAACUCGACUUUGCUCAGUUACUCCAAAGUAAGUUUCCUUUAUGAAAAGAAGUCUCAUGUGGAGACCCAUGUGAAAAGCAAACCCAUUCUGUAGCCAAGAUGGCUGAAGAGAUGGUAUUGCGAAGGCUGACCUCUUGCAUAUGCAGGCCUCAGAGCUAAAAGAAAAUGACAGGAUACUGAAGAGAAGCCAAGAACUGCUCGGCAGGUCUUCUAUUUCAUUGGGUUGCCUAUAAGAGGGCAGGCCAUGCCUCCAAACAAGAUUAUGUCUUGAUGUAACAGAUUGUGGAAGGCUUGGCCCAGCUGAGUAGAUUUUUAUUUUUUAAUUUUUUUACUGUUUAUAGAGUGAUUAGUGAAAAGUUGAAAUUUAUUUCCACAUCACGGACAACCUGCACCUUGGACUGAAAUAGAAAAGUCAGCUCUGAAGAAAGAAAUCCAGUCAGAAUUACGGGUCUUUCCCCCACAUACACACUUGACCAAUGCGAUGUGGAAACGUUAGCAUUUUUCUUAAAGAUUCUGCAUGACAUUUGGGUUGUGAAAAGCACAGAAGGAAAUGAUGAUUUAAAAAAAAACAGCACAGUGAAGAAGACACAUAAGGUAUGGGACAAUAUUUGGGGGAGGGAAAGAAUGUGGUACGUUAAUGGCUGAAUAAGAUGUGGAAUUCGGAAAGGCAAGUGGGCUUAGCAAGACAAGGGUAGCGUGGUUCAGAGUCAGGAAAGGUUUCUUUGAAUAAAAGUACCAAAUGCAUGUGUAUAUUCAUGCCAGGGUGGGUAGGUAAUGUUUUUUAAAGAGAAUACAUGGGCACAGCCUUGGGGUAGAGUUCAUCCUGCAUAAAUGCCAUGGGACCAGGGAACUCCACAACAUACAGCAAUGUCCUUGCAGAGUCCCCAUUUGUUUUCAGUUAUGUGGAGUUUCAGGAGAGCUUCCCCUAAUGUGAUGCCCCGAAAUGUUAAGCACAGACAGUAAAUGAAUCUGACAUGGCAUGUAGGCACAUGUGAGUGUGCAUCUGUAUCUUUAGCAACAUGGCGUUGUAAUGUAAAAAGAAAAGAAAUGAUGAGUCUGUAUGCAACAUAAUACAAGAUGUAAUCAUUCCUUGUUUUGUCAACUAGCUUGUCCUUUUUAAUUUUAUUAUGGGAAUGUUUCUUUUCUCUUUUUUUUUCCUUUUUUGGGUGGGGAGAAUGUGGGUGUUUGAUUUUUUUUAAUGGUUUUUCUUCUUUUCCCUUUUUUUGUAAAUCAGUCGUUUUUGUAUAAAAAUUUUAAGAGAAUCUUUUUUUGAAUAACAAAGUGUAAAAAAAAAA